AUGGAGUCGGGAUUGAAGUCGAGGGUCCUCGCCGUCGUCGCCAUGGCCGCCGUCGUGGGCUGCUCCCUCGUGGGGAGCGUCGCCGGCGCCGACGCGCCGGCGCCGAGCCCGGUUUCCGGCGCCGUCUCCGUCGCCGCCCCCGCCGCUGUGGCCUCCUUGUCGGUGCUCGCCUUCGGGUUCCUCUUCUGCUGA